UGUUUGAUGGCUAUUUGAUAAGAGAAAUACAUUGUCUGCUGGUAUAUCCCCUUUCUUCAUAAAAGAAAGAUACUUCCAAUUCAUUCUUUAGUUACUGAUUUCCUUGACUGUAAUAUUUUGGCUUUUUUCCUAUUGCACUUGGAUUAUGUUUGGAAGCAAGAUAGCAAUGCUUGGAUUCAAUGCUUGUGAUUUUGGUGGCCAGAUUUUGGAACUUAUGUGGCUUUCAGUAUGUUACAGAGACAUCAUGGCUGAGAAGGACGGUAUUAAACCUAUUGAAGAUGAAGUAGAAGAUGAAGUUGACUUGAACUACAAAGCUCCAGAAAAGAAAAGUCUGCAGGAGAUCCAGGAACUCGACAAGGAGGAUGAGAGCUUGAACAAGUACAAAAAGACACUGCUCGGCGAGCUGCCUGCUGCAAUCGAUCCUAAUGCUCCCAACGUUCAAGUGACAAGACUGACCCUAGUCUGUGAUGACGCACCUGGACCAAUCACUAUGGAUCUUACAGGUGACUUAUUAUACUUGAAGAAUGAGCCUUUUGUCUUGAAGGAAGGAGCUUGCUACAAGGUUAAAAUUUCUUUUAAGGUGAAUAAAGAAAUUGUUUCCGGCUUAAAAUAUGUGCAUCAUACCUACAGAAAAGGAUUAAAAGUUGACAAAGACACGCACAUGGUUGGUAGCUAUGGACCUCGCGCAGAGGAGUAUGAGUUUCUAACACCAGUGGAAGAAGCUCCGAAAGGAAUGCUGGUCAGAGGCACAUACCACAUCAAAUCCUGUUUUACAGACGAUGACAAAACCAAUCAUUUGUGUUGGGAGUGGAACCUCACAAUCAAAAAAGAAUGGAAAGACUAAAAAAAAAAUCACUCAGCAGGAAUUGCAGUUUUUAAAGGGGCAAACGAAAGUCUAGUAAUAAAUAAAUCUUAUUUGUUAGAGCCUUUUAUGAUCAGACUUAUUCUUUCUUGUUGCUAAGUAUGUUUACGUUUAACCCAUACAAUGAAGUUAAAGGGAUAUUGUAGUUUUGUCAUUUUUCAUGUAAUUUUGUACUACUCAAAUUGGGGUUAAACACAUAAAGUCCCACUCGAGAGCUGCAAGCGCAGCAGCUCUUAAGCUGAUUACUGUCGGUGUCUGGCAACUGUGGCUGCCGAUUGGCUCACCAGCUGUUUCUUACUUGGGACCAGCAGUUCUCUGUGGCUCCUGAGUGGGCCUUUAUGUUUUAACCUCUUUGCGAGGGUAUAAACACUCAGUUCUGGGUUAAGUAGUACACAAAUUACCUGCUCUACCAAAUAAGAACAUAAUAAUAAGUCAUUUUUCCACUGUCCAAUGUCAUAUACCCAGUGUGCUCCCAUGUUGUUUCUGAGCAGGACAUGACCAAUGAUUGCAGCUACUUGGGUAUGCCACUCCUGAUUGGCUCACCAGCCAUGUUUGCAGCAAGCGUUUAUCCAAUGAUUUCUCAACAAAAUUCACCAUUUAAGGGACAGUCUACACCUUAGUCAUUUUAAAAUCUUACCUUGGAUUAAGUUGCAAAUAGUCUCCUGCACCCCUUUCUAUAUCAUGCGGCAUGAAUGGUAAAAAGGUUAUUUUAAAAUGACAUAUUGUUUCUGGUUCACUUUGAAAUGGCUGCCAAGCUCCACCCACCAAUGACAUCACGAUCUGGGCAGCAUCUAGGCACUCUGCUGACUAGCAUUGACAGUCUGUUGAAUCCAACUACUGAGCCUUUUGGGAUUGGAAGCAAUAUGCAGCCAGAUCAUGAUGUCAUUCGUGGGUGGAGCUUGGCAGCCAUUUCAAACUGUCAAGAAAAAAUAUUCAUUUUAAAAUAACUUUUUUACUGUUAACUGCUGCAUGAUAUAGAAAGGGUGCAGGAGGCUAUUUGCAGCUUAAUCUAAGGCAAGACUUUAAGAUGACUAAGAUGUAGACUGUCCCUUUAAAGUCUACAUUAAUUUUUAUUGGCAGAUCAACACCUGUAUGUUUUAACCUUUGGAGGGACCAAACCUAUAAUUAGGAAUGAAAAUUUGUUUUACAAAUAAAAUGCUCUAACAAAUUAAAGAAUUCUAUUAAUACACAUGUAUGCCCCUUUAAAUGUUGCAUGAAUUUAGAAACAGAUCUUCUGUUAAAAUAUAUUCAAUAUGUUCUGGUUUCUACAUCUUUUUUUUCUAAUAGUUAUUCAUAAUUUUCUAUAUAUAAAAAAAAGUUUUGGGCGAUACUGUAUUUAAUAAAAAGAUCUUCAAAAGAA